AUGGAAGAGCCUCCAGAAGGGGCUCCGGCGGAAUCAUCGGAAAACCGAAGUACAGCCAAGUCCCCAAAUGACAGCCACACAGACAGCCAGGAAGACAACAGGCAGAACCAGGAUGAAGUGGAAGCAGAUGACCGGACUGAUCACAGAGCAGCUGACCAGGCUGCCCAGAUAGUGUCCGGCCUGCCUGAACCCAACGUAGUUAAUCAAGCUGACCACAAAGCAUAUGAAUCCAUGGGAGAAAGAACAUCUGAUCAGGCUGACCUCAGAGCAUCCAACCGUGCUAAUGUCGCCGAUCGUAGACCAUCUGAUCAGGUUAACCGAAGCAUGUCAGAACAGACGGACAGCAAGGCAUCUAGCCAAGCUGGGGGUGUGGAGUGUGAACAGACUGACAGCCAGAUGUCUGCUCUGCCUGAACAAGGUACUUCUGAACAGACUGAACGAAGGGCUUCUGAGCAGAUUGACCACAGAAUGUCCAGCCUGGCUGAGAGAAGAGCUUCUGAACAGAUUGAUCGUAAACCAGCUGUCCCAUCUUUACAAAGACCCUCUGAGCAGAGUGAUCACAGAAUGUCCCGCCCGGCUGACCAAAGAACUUCUCAACAGAUUGAAAGUAGAUUGUCUGGCCUGGUUGAGCGAAAAACUUCUGAACAGAUUGAUCAUAGAUUGUCUGACCAAGUUGACCACAGAACAUCUGUAAAGACGCACCGCAAAGUGUAUGACCAAGCUACUAAACCAGCUGAACACCAGGCUGCUGACCCUGACAAGGCUGGCAGUGAAUCUGACCAGGUUGACGACUUAGUGGAAGAAGAGGAUGAUUACACAGAAGACAACCUGUUUGACUAUGGAGAACGUAGCCGGUCUGAUGAUAGAUUAUUCGACCAGCUUGGCUACAGCAAGGAAGACAAAGAGGCUGACUUCAGAGUACAACCCUGCAAAUUUGAGCCUGGCCAGACAGAUGGCAGCAUAUCCAAGGCUUCCCUUGAAACUGAAACGGAAAGUGUAGCUGAUCUGCAAGCAUUCAUCCCAUUUGAUCACAGAUUGACCAGUACUUUCCAAACAAAAGACCAAGCCUACUCCCAAAGAUUUCCCUCCAUCUCAUCCAAAUUGGACUCUAUCAUCAGUCAAGAAAAAACUCAACCCGUGGAAACCAAGCCUGUUGAUAUUUCAGAAUACCAGGAAAGAAGGAGUUUUCAGGCAUACAAUCAACCUUCUAAGAAGCGGUUCCCUCCUAUAGUAUAUGAAGAUCCUUAUCAAGUUUCACUGCAAUACAUGGAGAAACACCACAUUCUGCAAAUAUUCCAGCAUAUCACUGAAAACCUAGUCUAUGAAAAGCCAGAGGACCCCCUGAGUUUUAUGCUGUGCCAGGUAUGGAAUAGGAAAAAAAGAACAAGCUUGUUAUUCUGUUCAUUAUAA